GACGGGAACGGGAACGGGAACGGGAACAGGAGAAAUAUGUAGAUUGUAAAAUGGCGCGUGUCGCGAGGACAGCUCGGACAGCUGUUGUUUACCUACAAAAGAGGUCUGUAGAGUCUACAACUUGUUGGUCCGAAUGAAUCAUUUUCACAGGACGAUUAUCACAGACGUAGAAAUUUAUUCGAAAAGUAACUUGAAAAUGAACAGUAUUUAACGAGAACUAAGAAGAUAAAGGUGAUAGAAUAACGGAUGAAUUUAAACGAUAAAGUGGUUAUACAGUGGUGGCAGUGGUAGUACAAGUCAGCCACGGCCACAGCAGUGUGGUCAUGGUAAUGGUAAUAGCAGUGCAAGUGGUUGUGUAGGUAUUCAAGAAAAAAGACAGCUUAAAGCUCAACGAAAUUCUUCAUGGAAGAAUUAAUCGGAUUCUAUGACGCAUUGUUGAUGUUCGAACCGACAAUAAAUGAAAUUUAUUUCAAGUAAAUAUCACGAGAAACGUGAAAAUAAAAGUACAUUAAUCAGACCGAAAGGAAAACGAACGGGGAAGUAAAUUAAAGUUACUCUCGACAAUUUAAGCAACAUUAUGCUUAUUUAUCAAAGACACAACAUUUUCCUAACCGUUGUUACGUAAAUGUGUGAAUAAGGUAUCCAAAGGAGCAAAAAAUCUUAUUCUUCAUUUUUGCUCCUUUAUUUCAAUGCGAGUAUAUAUCCGUGUCGGAUAAUUUAGUCGUAAAACUCUAUAAAGAAUGUAGAAAGUUACUUGUAUGACGUUAUUUAUUGAUUAUUUCAUUGUAUUUUGGAACAAUAUUGGACAAUUUUUUACAACCAAAAGAUGACCAAAUAUCAUCCAGUAUCACAGCAAGUCUCCACUGUUAAUCAUCGUUUUUACCACUGCUCUUACGAGGAAUCACCAUGAAUGCGAGAACUCAAUUGUUCGAAUUAAGUAUGGAGGGCCGACAAGUGGACGAUGCGGUAGCGAGUAUUUUCCACAGCGUUCUUUUUCAUAGGAGUCUUGGUAAAUUCAAAUACAAACAAGAAGGCAGCUAUUCGGUAGGCACUGUGGGAUACCAAGACGUCGACUGUGAUUUCAUCGAUUUUACUUACGUGUGUUGUUCGUCUGUGCACCUGGACCAAACAUUGAAACGUGAAAUAUCAGGUUUUUCCGAAGCUUUACGUUCCACCGAUAGUCCAGGUUCGGGCCAAAUAUCCUUGGAAUUCUUUCAGAAGAAGAAAAAUCGUUGGCCCUUUCAACCGGAAUGCAUACCAUGGGAAGUAUGGACAGUACGUUUGGAACUAAUAAAAUUAGCGACAGAGCACGAAAGACAGAUAUGCAGGGAAAAAGUUGGCGAUUUAUUAACGGAUAAAAUUCUUUACAUAACGGAAGUAAUGAAUCGUCACGAUUAUCUUCCUAAAAUGCCAAAUCAAGCCGAAUUAGAUCUGAUAUUCGAUACUUCGUAUCCGGAUAUACAACCGUAUUUGUUUAAAUUAUCGUUUACAACGUCUAGUCCGUCGAGUACAACAAUGGGUAAUACGAUGAAGAAGCUGAUCAAAGAGACGUUAUCUAUUUAGUCGUGUUCGUCGUCUUACAGGGGUGUUGUAGCGUAACGCUACAUCUACGACGCGAAUUCCUUUAAAUAAAAAACUUUGGGAAACGCUCGUUGGAAAUAGAAGAAGUUUACUUGUCGUAUCGAGUUUCGAUUCGCGUAUACGCUUGCCUUUCUAUCAUUUUAAUUUCUUGUAUCGUUAGUUGCCAAGUGUUGGUUGUGCUACAUUUUACAUACUAAAUUUUCAAAGAAAUGUCGUCCAUAUCUGUUAUCUAUACAUAUAACAACUCGUCAAGCGUGAGAUCUGGAAAUGAAAUGGAAUAGAAUGAUAUCUGGUGUGCGCGUUACAACAACAUCGUUUACGUUACGAUCCGUGUAAAUACAAGUUCUGUGCCGACAAUA